GUAUCUCCAUGCCCAUACCUGUCUUUGGACUACAAGAUGACUCCAAAGUGUUUAAGAAAGACAGCUGCUUACUUGCAGAUGACAAUUUUGUUCUAGUAGGCUCCUUUGUGGCAUUCUUCAUCCCCCUAACCAUCAUGGUGGUAACCUACUUUUUAACUAUCAAGUCGCUGCAGAAGGAAGCUAUGCUAUGUGUGAAUGACAUCGGCCCAAAGACCAAGUUUACUUCAUUCAGCUUCCUCCCUCAGAGCUCCCUGUCUUCAGAAAAACUCUUCCAGCGCUCUUUGAACAGAGACCUGGGCACUUCUGGGAGGAGAACCAUGCAAUCCAUCAGCAACGAGCAGAAGGCUUCCAAGGUUCUUGGCAUUGUCUUCUUUCUGUUCGUUGUGAUGUGGUGCCCGUUUUUCAUCACCAAUGUGAUGGCCGUAAUUUGCAAGGAGUCAUGCAAUCAAGAAGUCAUUGGAGAACUCCUUAAUGUAUUUGUUUGGAUUGGCUACCUUUCUUCGGCUGUCAACCCACUCGUGUAUACGUUGUUCAAUAAAACUUACCGCUCGGCUUUCUCCCGUUACAUUCAGUGUCGCUACAAGGAGGAGAAGAAACCCUUCCAGCUGAUUUUAGUGAACACUAUCCCCGCGCUGGCAUAUAAUUCCAGUCAGCUCCAGCUAGCACAAAUGAAGAGUUUGAAAAAAGAGGCAAAAAUGAUGGCUAAGGAUUAUGCGACGGUCACAACAGGAAUACAUCAUUUGGAUGGUACCUCCAAGGGAAGUAUCAGCCCAGCAAACGAAACGGUUAGCGGUGUGUGACGGUCAGAAGCUGCCAUGACAACCACCGUGUGUACGCUGAGAAUUUCUCCAGGCUGUGAGCAG